AUGAAGUCUUCAAUUACAAACAUGUCAAGGGUUUUCACUGCCUCCUUCUCCACUGCCAGGAAUGCGGAGAUGGCAGGGAGGCGUGAGAAAGAUGGUGGAGCCAAGCGACAGACAAGGACAGAAGAAUCAAGAGGAAGAGGAGCUCCGACCAAGCAAGUAGCUCAAGAACCUAAAACAUUCCAUGAAGGCAAAGUCAGGGUUGUGGACUUGCUUCAUGGACCAUGGAGAAGUAUUGGACAGGCUCUUCAGGACAGCUUGCCAGGAGAUGUCAUUGCAAUCAAUGCUGGAACAUACCAUGAAAACGUUGAUAUCAAAAUUGAGGACGUGAAGCUGGUGGGAAAUCGCUGUACCGGCGAAGUGACUCUCACUUCAAGAUGCAGGAUAUUCGCGAAUGUGAUCAGUGUCCGCCUUGAAAAUCUUUCGUUUAAACCCAAGUCUGCAAGAGUCGAAGGAGAUGAUGAAACGCGACAAGAGCAUGCAUUGACAAGAAGAAAGAUGGGUAUGAUUGCGAUGGCAUCGGACCAAAACUACCAGAAUCAAGAUGAUUUGAACAGGAAUUCUGAAUUUUGUGUGAUAGUUGAAGGAGGUAGGGUGACUGUGUUGGACUGCGAGUUUCAAGAUUGUCAUGGUGGCAUCAAAGUCUGUGGAAGGCAGGCAGAAGUUCUGGUCUAUCACUGCAAGUUCUUGAAGAUCUCACAUGCAGCCGCCAUGCUGGUGAGCGGUGGAGCUCGGGCGAGGGCGCGGGGUUCUUCCUUUCGCGGGUGCGCGGAUGUUGGCAUUGACAUCUGUGACAGUGAGUGUACGGUAGAUGAGAAUGAAUUUGUGGAGAUGGAAAGCCAUGCUGUUCUGGUUGAAAUGAAUGGGAGGGGAAAGAUCAGAAGCAAUCAGUUUUUGAAUGGCCGAAAGGCGUCCAUUGCUGUCUGCUCUCAGGGGGAUCCUAUUGUAUUGGACAACAAGAUCGAGAAUAGUCUUGCAACGGGAAUCUUUGUGUUCGAAGGUGGUAAAGGCACGUUUGAGCAUAACACGAUUUCUGCAAGUUCCCUCGCAGGUAUAGAAGUGAGAGACCAUGAUAGCGACCCCAUGAUGACUGAGAAUGAGAUUCACCAUGGGUUGAAUGGUGGUAUCGUGAUACACAGCUAUGCCAAGGGAACCGCAAAGAAGAAUAGAAUUCAUCACAACAAGAAUGCUGGGAUCACCAUUUGUACGAAUGCAAAAUCAUUCAUAGUUGAGAACGAGAUCUCGAAUGGUCAGGGUGCCGGUGUCCUAGUACACUCCCAGGGAUCUGGGGUAAUCCAUUCAAACUUCAUCUGUUGCACGGGAAAGGCAGGUAUUGAAGUCAGGCAGCAAGCUAUCCCGCAGGUCAUUUCGAACAAGAUAGAGGAAGCUGUUGCUCAAGGGAUACACGUGCACUCUCAAGGAAGUGGAUGUUUCGAAGAAAACGAGAUAAGCAGGUGCCAAGGUCCUCUCAUGGAAGCAAGUGACGUUGGUCAAGGCUUCAUCUUCAAGAACAACGCCUUAAGAGAGGCCAUUUCAUACGGAAUCAGACUGGAGAAGAUGAAGUUUGGAGAAAUAAGCUUCAACCACCUGCUCAAGCCUAGUAGAUCUGGGAUCAUGAUUGAGGCUUGUGAAAAUAUUCUUAUAUCCUCGAAUAAGAUCACAGACAGUUGUGAACAUGGCAUUCAGAUCACUCAAAGUAGCAAGUGCCAAGUGGUGGAUAACGUGAUAGUAGCUUCAGCUUUGUCUGGAAUUGACGUGAUGUCCUCAAGUGAUCCUCAAGUUGAAAGCAAUACUUUCGACCGCGUGAUAGGAGCGGGAAUUUGCAUUCAUGACGAAGGAAAAGGCGUUUACAAGCUUAACACUAUCAGAGGAAAUGUGAAAGCAGGAAUUGUAGUCAGGAAAAUGGCUGAAGCUCGACUGAUGGAAAACACUGUAAUUGAUGGAAAAGCCACCGGAAUAUAUGGUAACAUUUUGACAUGA